AUGUUUUCUUCCCUCUUUCUUGUUACUUCCAUUUUUUUCUGGGAUUAUUUCCUUUUCUCAAAAAAAAAAAAUUCUUUCAUUCUGAUUCUUAUUUUUUUUCUGAUUCUUAUUUUUUUUUCAUCAUCUAUUUACUACAUUGUGUUAUCUAUCUAUCUAUCUAUCUAUCUAUCUAUCUAUCUAUCUAUCUAUCUAUCUCAUAUAACCAUUUCUUGGUUACAACACUAUCUAUCUAUCUAUCUAUCUAUCUAUCUAUCUAUCUAUCUAUCUAUCUAUCUAUCUAUCUGUGAAAGACUAAUUAUUAUCUAUCUAUCUAUCUAUCUAUCUAUCUAUCUAUCUAUCUAUCUAUCUAAGACAGACUUAUCCUUUAUCUAUCUAUCUAUCUAUUUAUCUAUCUACUUACCCUUUAUCUAUCUAUCUAUCUAUCUAUAUAUCUAUAUAUCUAUCUAUGUAUAUUGUAGUCUCUUACUGAUCUAUCUAUCUAUCUAUGUAUAUUGUAGUCUCUUACUGAUCUAUCUAUCUAUCUAUCUAUCUAUCUAUCUAUCUAUCUAUCUAUCUGUGAAAGACUUAGUCAUUAUCUAUCUAUCUAUCUAUCUAUCUAUCUAUCUAAGACAGAUUUACCCUUUAUUUAUCUAUUCAUAUCUAUCUAUCUACUUACCCUUUAUCUAUCUAUCUAUCUAUCUAUCUAUCUAUCUAUCUAUCUAA